CGCAGAGUCCAGCUUGCGGAUCGGGGCCGUGCUUGUCAGAAAAGGAGAUAAAGUUUUAUUUUCCAACAAAAUCUCGGAUGAAAAGAUGUCGGGCCGGUCGGUGAGAGCAGAGACACGCAGCCGAGCCAAAGAUGACAUCAAAAAGGUUAUGGCAGCUAUCGAGAAGGUCCGAAAAUGGGAGAAGAAGUGGGUGACGGUGGGUGAUACAUCAUUGCGGAUCUUUAAAUGGGUACCAGUUACUGACCCUAAAGAGGAUAUCCGAGCUCCCCGAAUGACUCAAUUGGACAAAGCAAAAUCGAAGAACAGUCUUGAAACAAAAAGUACAAAGGGAGACAAAGGCUUCCAGCUCCUGCCUGUGUCAGAUAACAGCUCUUCCCCCAUCCUCCUGGAACUGAAUGAUGAGACCAGUAAUCAGAGCUCCUUAUCAGAUGCCUACCAGGUAAAAGUGGACAGCAGUACAAACUCAAGCCCCAGCCCGGAGCAAAGUGAACCUGUCAGCCCAACGCUUCUGUCUGAUUUUAAAGCAGAUGACUCUCAGCCUCCCAUGCUUGGGCAGGAAAGCAUGGAAGAACCUUCCCUUCCUUCCUCAGAAGUAGGAGAUGACCCUCCAAUGCUUACAAAGGAAGAGCUGGUUCCCUUGCAGCCUCAGGUUGUGGAAGAGGAGGAUGAUGAAUAUUCAGGGGCACCACCACUGAAGAGGGUAUGCACUGGACAGAAUGCUGUGACCCAGCCAGUAACCGAGAGCUAACCCAGAAUCUCAAUUUGGCUCUUUGCCAUGGUACAAUCUGACUUGACCAUCACACAUAUGACUGACUUUGAAGAAUGAUAUUUAUUUUCUACUUUUAAUGAAUUGUGAUGGUUGUGACUUUGGAGUCUGAAUUUAUAAUGUUUCUGUAUUGCAGGAUGAUGUCCCUUUUGUUGGGCAUAGUUCAUGGCUCCAUUGGGUCUUCCUAGUUGAAGACACUUUUAUAUUGAUGGUGUCAAAAGUAUAACCUAAUAUAAAGGAUAUGCUCUCCUUGCCUCUGAAUUGUGUCUAACAUUUGGUUUUCAUCAAUCUUCAAAUUACGUAUUGGAAGUAAGAACGCAUGGGUUUCCUUCUUAUUGACCCACUACAGGGAUUGAUUGCACACUGCUACAGUAUAGAGGGAGGAGCACAGACUUCAGAACUGUUCUUUUGGAGCCCUAACAUCAAUAUGAAAGUGCCUUGACAUUGAAGUGCCUCCAAUCUUAAUCAAGGCUAAAUGAGCUUACUGAUGACAGAUUUGUGCUAAGAUUGAUUCUUGUCUCUACCCCAAAAUUUUUAGUCUUCAUCCUGAAAUCCUCCUUAUGAUACAAAGUUGCGCUUUAUCAUUUAUAGCUAAGGAAAGCACAGUAGAGUGCAGUUUAAAAAAAUGGAAUUGUUGAAGUUGGAUGGCUAUAUGGAAGUAUUUGGUACAACAUAAGAACUAGGAACAGGAGUAAGCCAUGUGACUCCUCAAGUUGGCUUUGACAUUUAGUAAGAUCAUGGAUGAUCUGAUCUUGGUCUCACUUUCACUUUUCUGCUUUUUCCUCUCAACCCUUGAGUCCUUAUUGUUCAAACUUCUGUCUUUCUCAACCUUGAAUAAAGUCAAGGAUUCAAUCUCCACAGUGCGGUGGGUAGAGAUUUCCAAAGAUUAUUCUUCAUAUUAAAAGGGCAGUCCCUUAUUCUGGAACUAUACUAUACAUUCCUCAGGAUAAUGCGUUCCAAUAAGAACAUCUCCCAUUCUUUUAACCUCUGAGUACAGAUCCAACCUUUCUUCAUAAAAUAAUCCAAAAAAUAAACACAUAAGUAUAUUGAAAAAUGCAUUUUCUGGAGUUCAUUAUUUAAUAAAUUUGCUUCAGUGAAAAAGAAUGGGAAGUCUUGUGAAAGAACAGGUUUCCUUUUUAAGUUAAUGUAAGCUGUUGCUAUAUCUUUGACAUAUGUGGAAAAUUAUGCACUUAAUUUUCAGUGAUACUGAAUCAAUUUUUUAUACCUUGUUUAACCAGGACUUGCAUUUUUCGCUGGGGAGAGCACUAUAGUGGCUCAGAGAUGAUUUAUAUAUACGCAUAGAAAAUAGAUUCGGUUCUUUAGUUUAUUUGCUUUCAGUCAACAAGCAGCCAGGCUUAUUGUGACAAUGGUGUGAGUGUUAGUGACUUGACAACUGAAUUGGAUUUAACUGUACUUCACUCCACAUUUAAAUCAUCCAUUGGCACUGAUUCCACAGGUUCACACAGUAACCACUUUGUCAAAAGAGGGGAGUAUAUAGCUGUAUAUGGAACGGUAUCCCACCUGGGAGUUGGCACGAUGAGAGGAGGAAGGAAGAAAAUCUCCACCCAAACACCAAACCAUUCACAUUCUAUUACUUCAUCUACUGAAUCAAAUUGCCAACUGUCUUGCAGCUGAUUUUACUGAAAUCAGACCAUUUCUUAUCUGGAGGUGACCCCAGAUUAAACAUCUGCAAUGGAAUGUAAAUGGUAAUACUAAUCAACCAACCAUUUUAAGGAUAAGUACAAUAUAUGAAGGCCCUUAAGCAUUUUGAUCCUUGUAUAAUACACUGGUUAUCAGGUUACAAUAUUUCAGUGUUUAUUAAAACAUCACUGUCUAUAUUAAUUGUUAGCUGGAAUAUUACCAACAGAUGAAUACUUUAUGAAACCCCAUUUGGCUUACAUUAAGAAUUUCAUCGAAGCGUGGCUCAAGGGGUCUGCAGUUUGUGUGGACCAUCUCUGAUCCUGCAAGAGCCAAUCAACACUUUUUCAGGAAGGAAAAUAAUUUUCAAAAAUUGGGUAUUCAUUUCCUGAUUUUAUUAUAAACCGAUUGUCUACCUUCAGUUUCUCAAUGCUUUUCUAUACAAUUUUUUAUUGCCUUUUUUGGCACAAGAAUACAGGAAAUUAAUCCACAAUUACACAGCAAAAAGACAGUUCACAGUAAUGUUUAAUAUUUUUCUUCUUAUCCAUACUAUACUUGGAAAGUGUUCUUUUUAAUGGAUGUUUCUACCUAUAUAUAGUGCUCCUGCCAAAGUAUCUCCUUUCUGCCUUGCAUAUGCAACCCAAACCCAUUCAGGCCCUGCCCCAUGAUCUACGUUGCUUAGGUGUCAGUACUAGUGCUUUUUUUAGUUAGAUACAGUAUUUAACUUCUGUUGCUUACUUGUCUCAUUUUUAUUUUUAUUUUUAUUAAUGUAACUCUUCCCCUCUUUCAUGGAUCAACCCAAAUGUAAAGCUACUCACUGUCUCAGUUUAGUUAUGAUGUGGAGGUGCUGAUGUUGGACUGAGCUGGACAAAGUUAAAACAUCAUACAAGACCAGGUCAGAGUCCAAAAGGUGGAUUUGGAAGUACAAGCUUUCAGAGCGCUGCUUCUUUGUCAGGUAGCUAGUGGACCAGGAUUAUAGGACAUACUACAUAUAUAUAGCAAAAGAUCAUAGUGUCAUACAACUGAUGCAUUGUAUUGAGCAAACAGCAAUCUAGAUUUGUUGAAUAUGUUGCAUCAGUUGUAUGACACAUGAUCUUUUGCUGUAAAUUCUGUGUCCUAUGAUCCUGCUCCACUAACUACCUGACGAAGGAGCAGCGCUCUGAAAACCCUUACCUCCAAAUGUAACCUGAUGUUGUGAUUUUUUUUUUAAAACUCUGUUUAAAACAUUUAUCACUAUAUGAAAAGCGGAUUAUAGUAAAUAGGCAACCUAUUUUAAACCUGCUUGAUCUACCUUUUUAUUGAAGUUGAUAUAAAAGAACGUCAGGUAAAAUGUGAAAUGGAUAGCUUAUUCAUCAGUGCCUGUUUCAUCCAGCAAUUCAUGUUGAAAGCACCCCAAAUUUCUUCUUUCUAGAAGUAUAUCAGUUGCAUAUUUUAUAGCUUUGUUUUGGCUGAGUCAGUAUUUUGGCCUUGGGUAUUAGAUCUGUAUUCCACUUCACUACUACUUAAUCCUAACAUUCUAGUCUUUAGUACAUACCCCAGUGAAUAGCUUUGUCAUUUUUUAAGAUCUUGAAAAUGUUAAGAUGUGUUAAAUGUAUUUUAUAUGAAAAAGAAAGUAUGUUUACAGUGUGGUCUCUUACCUUAUCUCAUCCACAGACCCCAUCCCACCACUUCCCCAGCCCAGUGGAGAUUGUGUACUUUACUUCUUGCUACUUUAUAUAGUGGCUGUUUUAACCACUGGGAUCUCUUUCAAAGUUUCUGAAGAGCAGAGAUUUCCUAAUUACAAUACGGAGACACCUAUCUUGUUGAUAUAGAUUUUGCUUUUCAUGGAAGUGAAGCCAGAACAAUGUGAAACUAUUAAAAGAUUGUAAUUUCUGAAGAAAAAUGCAUAAGAGUUUAUAUUUUUGAAUACAAAGAGCUAAAUAGAUUAAUCAAUUUGUACAUUGAAUAUUUUUCUUUGCUAUUCCACUUAGCUUGCUCUUUUUGAAGGUAACUGUCAUUUUUGUUAGUUUAUUUUUCAUCGAGGAUAUUACAUGGAAAAUUUGCUUUGUAUAUAUGGUAUUUGUGCAAUGGAAUGGAAACCAGCCAGAAUAUUCUGGGGCAUUCAAACAGGCUCACAUUUUAUUUCAAAGUAAGGUUUGAAUGAUAGUAAGUUAAUUUUCCUAUGAUGUAAUGGACUGUCCAUUUUUGAUGUUGUACUGGAACAUAUGUUGUUAAGUUAAAUGCUGAUAAUUCUGAUCUGUAACUCAACUACUUUUCCAACCAAUCUCAGACAACACAAAUGUUGAUGAGGGAUUCUAAAUGUCUGUAUAAAAAGUCUUCAUCAUUAUUGGAUCAGAGAUGCAAUAAGCAUUGCUUAAAGAAGAUCCAUGUACUUGGUGUAUGAUACAUCCAUUUGUAUUGCAGCCAAUGUUAAUAAUUCACUUGUGAAUCACUAGAACUCUGUUUUAAAUGAUUCAACAAUGUAAUUAAGUUCCUUUCAUAAUUUUAAGAAAAAUAUUGUUAACUUUAUUGCAAAAUUACUUCUGGCUUUUUCUGCCUCAAAUAAAUUUGUCCAGGCAGUGAAAAAGAAAUGUUAGUAAUUUGCCAUACUUUAGCAGUGGGACAUUCCAAAGAAACAUGAUUUGAAAGGUAUAUGUACACUGUCAGAUGGGGUAUGGUGCCUCGACUACACUGUAUUUAUAGUUGCAGACUUUACAAACAUCACCUAGAAAGCAUUCAAUUUUACAAAAUGUCUAGUUUGAUUCUAUUGCACAGUCCAAAUUCUAAAGAAUAGUUUAUCAGUUAGAUGUUUGGUUUAAGUAUUUUCAUGUUUAAUUUUCUUUUAAAAUUUUGAAAAGGUAAGCACUAGCCUUGGCAAUCGGUAUAAGCACAUGUGUAUAUUUUUAAAGUAUUUGUGUAUUAUGGCCAUUUGCAUAUUCCACUGUUUAGGAUAAAGCACUUACUGAAAGUUAUUUUCUGAUAUUUACUGAGGCACCAUAAAAUAGGUGCUGAUCCUCUCCUAUUGCCUUCAAUGUGUAUUGACUUCAAAAUCUGUCUCCUGUUCAUGAAUACUGAGACAGGAACAAUGUAUUAAUCACUGGUGCGUGCCUCAGUGAUAGAAAUUUGCGAAAGAUGCAAACCAUAAUGUCAAAAAAUACUUUUUUUACCUCAAAGGUUAAGUGUUGCCUUUCAUAUUGUAAAAUCUGAAUGACUAUUUAGAUUGCUAUUUGAAAUG